GGCAAGAACGUGCAAGCUAUCCAGAGCUUUGGCUAGGGGCGCACGAAACAUGACCAAACGUUAAUGGCCAGCCAUCGCUGGUUAUAUGGCACUGCUUUCCCAGCAGCAUUUGUCGACUCAGCCGACAUCUGGAUACAACGCUCCUGCACCGGUGUCGAGAGACAUUUGAUGAGUCCCGCCCACUUGCGACGAUUCCGAUAGAUAAUCUCGGUUGUGCCCCUCCCAGAGGCGCCAGACUUGGAGCCCUUGGCGACCGCUCGUGGGGCCAUUCAAUGCCAUGGGCCCGAGAUGCCCUCACUAUUUGCACGACGGCAAGUCCUAGCAGGAUCGCCCCCUGGGCAACGGGCUCCACCCCCGUUCGUCUCAAUUUCCAAGGCGUCUGGGGUCCACCAUCCAACAACAAAGUCAGGGGGGCCACCCCAUCCCAUCCCAGCUCACCUCACCCCUGGACCAUGUCCUGAACGAUCAACGCGGCGACAACUUCACAGAAAGCUGCAGAGUGUGUCGUGCCGGGCCCGCAUGAGUCGACAUCCAAGCCUGAGCGAGUUGGCUGCGUCGCUCCGGAAUACUUGUUCAAAGGUCCUCACAACCGCCCGCCGUCUCAAGGCCAAUGCUCAUGGGUACAGUGAGUGCCUGCCGCGUGUUGCAGCCCUCGGUGCUGAGAUGAAUGACUCGAGGCCCAAUAUUUGUGCCUGUGGCUUUGGACAGGUCAAAAGGGCACGCUACAUCCAUAGCACUCACCGACCAAGCGUCCGCACCCACUCCACUUGGCUGCGUACGCUACCUAGAUCGGCAAUGUCGCGAACGGGCGGCAGCGACGAGUGCCUCGCCAGGCGGUUUGCCCAUGAUGACAGUCGCGGCUCAGAGACGAAUGCGGGCGACUGAGUGGUCUUUGAUGUCAUGAGGAGGCCGUGCUGCAAAGGACGAUGCAGCCUUGAGUCCCGCUUCGAGACACGGCUUCUAGAUAGAGUUUACGUUCUCCAUUCCAGCAGACGAAUGGCCCCCCAAUAGAUGCGGGAUACUGACGCCACAGUCAAGAUCUGGACCCCCAGAUGCCGAGCCCUGCUCUGCACGGCGCAAGAGGAGCGGCAGUGCAAGUGCUGACC